AUGAACGCCAACGGGCUGCCUCCGUGCAAAGUCACGCUGAAGGAGCGACCCGGAGCCACUCCCGAAGAAGAUACGAUCCACUACGUUGCCGCCACGGAAGAUCUGCAGGCCGGCGACAUUCCCUUGAAGGUUCCGGACAACCUCAUUGUCACCCUGGGCCGAGUGCUGGGAGACGAAAACCUAGCGGAGCUGGUAACAACCAACAAGCUGUCGGAGCUGGCGUGCUUGGCGCUGUACCUCAUGUUCGAGAAGAAGCAGGCCGACCAGUCCUUCUGGGGCCCCUUCAUCAACGAGCUUGAUAGGCAGAGGGGGCGAGGCCAGACCGCCGUCGCGACCCCUCUCCUGUGGGAUCCCAAGGAGGUGGCAGAGCUGUUCCAGGGCAGUCCCAUGAAGGCGGAGGUGGAGGCGAGGCUGCAGGGCAUCAGGAGGGAGUAUGAGGAGCUGGACACUGUGUGGUUCCUCGCAGCUUCUCUCUUCAAGCAAUACCCCUACGACACGCCAUCAGAGACCUUCCCCUUUGAGAUCUUCAAGCAGGCGUUCAUUGCCGUGCAGUCAUGCGUGGUGCACCUGCAGGGCGUGCCACUCCCCCGUCGCUUCGCCCUCAUCCCCAUGGGACCGCCUCUCCUCGCCUACAAGAGCACCACGCGCUCCAUGCUCGCCGCUUCCCCCGACGGUGGGGUUGAGCUUCGUCUGGACCGUCCUGUCAAGGCUGGGGAGCCCCUUAGCGUGUGGUGCGGCCCUCAGCCCAACACUCGCCUGUUGCUCAACUACGGCAUUGUGGACGAGGACAACCCCUAUGACCGCCUCACAGUGCAGGUGGCUUUGAACCCUGACGACCCCCUGUAUCAGGCCAAGAGGGCCAUUGUGCAGAAGAACGACCUUCUGCGCACCCAGGACUUCCAGCUGUACAAGGGCAAGGAGCAAGCAGCCCUAUACGAUAUGAUGCCCUACCUGCGCCUGGCGCAUGUCACCGACCCUCUUGAUAUGGAGUUUGUCACAUUCGCUGAUGGGCCUGUGUGCGGGGUGAGUCCGUGCAACGAGAACGCGGUGUUGGAUCAGCUGGUGGAGUUCUUUGAAGGCCGACUCGCUGCCUACCCCACCACUCUCGAGGAGGAUAUUGCUGCGAUUGCAGACCCAGCAACCAAACCCAAGAGGAGGGUUGCAGCGAGGCUGGUGCGCAUUGAGAAGGAGAUUCUGAGCAACGCACUGGCAGCCGUGCAGGAGGUCAUCUCUGCCCUCCCUACGUGGAGCGAGGCACCGUGCUACAGCCAGCACAGGCCGAUUCUGAAAUAG